AUGGCUGCAGCAUUAAAAGAACUGGAUCCUGAAAUGAGGCGAUAUCUUCGUAUCAGUAAACUACCAGACUUGUACGAGGCUCUAUUAACUGGUCUAGCAGUCGUUUGUCCUGAUGAUCCACUGAAAUUUAUAUUAGAAUGUUUUGAUGAACUAGAAGAAGUAGGUAAACAUGAGCUGGCUUGGGAUUUAUUUAUCCCCGAUGGAUAUCGACCACCACGACGGAUUGUCUCUGAAAGUAACUUGGACUAUAUUUUUAACUUUGAUGAAAAUACUUUGCCCUCAGCUGAGAUGUACACAAAGGCCUAUACUAAGUAUAAUACUAAACUUAAAAGAGUAUGUUUCAAUGCAUGGAUGCAGUUUCAUCUGGGUCAAAUGGAAAAAGCUCGAUUGACAGAAGAAAAGUUAUAUUUAGCAGAAAAGCAAUAUAUCGCUCAAAAACUGCAAGUCAAUUUUCAAACAUGGAAGGAUUGGGUGAGAUAUAGGAAAGGGAGACAAGCCAUGGUGUAUCAGAAGUUACAACAUAUCUAUCAUAUAGCAAUAGGGAGAGUAAUAUUUGAUGCCUGGUUUAAUCAUACUAUUGAUGCUAAACGACAGAGAGAAUACUUCGAGAGGUUGGAAAGGGGAGAGCAUAUGGAAGAGGAAGAUAUUUUUGGACAUGGGUCUGGUGAAGCUAGAGACAGUAUUUCUAUGUUACCUAGAAAAGUUGCUGUAAAGAUUUUCAGUCAUUUAGACAUGGCUGAUAUUGCUAAUUGUGCUUGUGUUUGCCGAUCGUGGAAAGUUAUAACUCAAGCUAAUUCUUUAUGGAGUAGGAUUGACUUGUACAAUGUCCGUGGAAGAGUAACUGAUAAAGUAUGUGUUAGACUGUUGUAUAAAGCACGGCCAUAUUUGAUUCACCUCAAUCUACGAGCAGCUCGAUUCAUCACCAUGCCAACAUUUAUCAGUAUUAGUGAAUGUCGGAAUUUACAAGAUUUGAAUAUGUCAGAAUGUCAAAUUUUAGAUGAUGAUUUAUUAAGUCUGGUUGUUAAAGGAUGUCAAAUUUUAUUGUAUUUAAAUAUUUCACAUACCAGUAUAACUGAUGCUUCACUUAGAUCUAUAGCCAAAUAUUGUUAUAAUCUACAGUUUUUAAGUCUGGCUUUUUGUACUAAAUUCUCAGAUCGUGGUCUACAAUAUCUAGCUAGUGGGAAAUGUAAUAAGAAAUUAGAACAUUUAGAUCUCAGUGGCUGUUUACAGACUACACCUAGUGGAUUUAAGAAUUUAGCACAAGGCUGUACCAAUAUUAAAGUGAUUGCUUUAAAUGAAUUUCCUACACUUAAUGAUGAAAGUGUUAUGGCAUUAGCAGAUAAAUGUCAUAAAUUUAGGACAGCAUCAUUCCUUGGUUCACCAUUAUUAACAGAUGAACCAUUUAAAAAAAUAGCCCAAUUCCGACAAUUAGUGACAAUUAAAGUUGAUGGGAACCACAGAAUUUCUGAUGCUAGUAUUAAACUAAUUGGUAAACAAUGUCCUAAUUUAGAACAUGUUUAUCUAACUGACUGUUCUCGACUGACAGACUCUUCAUUGAAAGCUAUUUCCUCCUGUAAAAAUCUCACCGUUUUAAACUUAGCUGACUGUGUCAGAAUCAGUGAUGCUGGUAUAAGAUAUCUAGUAGAUGGUGGUAAUGCCAGUAAAAUACGAGAAUUAAAUCUGACUAACUGUAUCAGAGUAGGAGACAUGGCUAUUGUCAAUAUACAUAAAAGAUGUCAACAUCUUACGUAUUCUAGUGUGUGUUUAUAUAUAUUUCAGAUGUCACCAUCUAACGUAUUUUGUGUGUGUUUCUGUGAGAAUAUAAGUGAAGCUGGUAUUGAGUUAUUAGGACAGAUUCACAGUUUGACAUCUCUAGAUAUCUCAGGUUGUAACUGUGGGGACCAGGGUUUACAAUCUCUAGGUAGUAAUGUAAAACUACGUGAUGUUUGUCUAUCAGAGUGUGUCAGUAUCACAGAUCUAGGACUACAGAAAUUUGCUCAACAAUGUAAAGAAAUACAGAGGCUGGAUAUCUCACAUUGUACGCAUAUAACAGACAGUGCUAUAAAGAACCUGGCGUUCUGUUGUAGAAUGUUAUCGUUUUUAAACCUAUCUGGAUGUAAACUAGUAACUGAUAUGAGUAUACAGUAUUUAUCAGGUGUCUGUACAUAUUUAUUAGAACUGGACAUCAGUGGCUGUAUCUUAGUCAGUGAUAAAGGUAUGAGAUAUCUUAGAAAGGGGUGUAAAAACUUAAGAAAUUUAAGUUGUAUGUAUUGUAAAGGCAUUAGCAAGGUGGCUGCCCAUAAGAUGUCCAAGUGUAUACCAACUGUGAACUAUAGUGCUGAAGAUGUGCCUAUCUAUUAUGGAUAUUAA